CUCAAAUUCAUGGAGAAAUUGUUAAAUUAAGAAAUGAAAAAUCAAAUAUAAAUUUAACAAAAGAAAUUCAAACAAAUCAAAUAAAAGAUGAACAAGUUUCAGAAAUAAAAGAAUUAGAUUUUAAAGAAUUUAAUUCUUUAAAUAAAAGUAUAAAUGAUUGGAAAAAAAUUAUUGAAAAAUGGUUAGAUAUGAUCAAUGAUAAGAAUGAAGUAUUAAUUGAAGAGGAAAUUGAAGAAAUUCUUUUGCUACUCUUAAUAGUAUACAUUCUGCUAAUGAUAUAA